AUGUUCGAAUUGCGCCUGCGUCGACAGUACUUGUUAUGAGCGGAUUGGUUCCCUACUCAUACUUGAGUGCACGUUAGGUUGACUUAAUUUCAAUUCGGACUCCUUCGCUGCUCCCCACCAUUUUUAGUUCCAACAUAUAUCUCGUUCGGUUUCUCUUGUUACUAUUGGGUUUCAUCUGAAGAGCGUGCAAAAUGUUGCGACCCAGAAAUUAAUUUCAUACAUCCCAAAUAAGGUAGAAAUCUGAAAUGAAUGUGAACCCUUUUUAUUAAAAGUUUCGACAAAGGAAGGUGCAACAGCGAAGGCAAACAAAAUCGCAAAAAAAGAGAAGGUGAAAGAGAAGGAGAGGAGAGAGGAGAGGAGGAAGAGAGAAAAAGAGAGGAAGUGGAUAAAGGUGGUGGAUGGUGUGCAGUGGAGGAGAAGUUAGAUACACAAAGAUACGAAACGUCGAGAAGUGAAGAGAGGAGAGAAGAGGAGAGGAGAGACUAG